UCUCUGCGGUUAUGAAACACUGAAACGUCAGAUUCAUCAACAAAAAUUUGUAAACCAUCGGAAAAAAUCAAUUUUUACACUGGAAUAGCAGCUUUAGGCUCGAAAUUAUUAUUACUUCAAGUUAGUCUGGUCCAUUAAAACAAGUCGUUAUGAGUGAGCUUUCAGUGCAAGACGACCGAAGACUUUGGAUAGGUAAUCUGGACAGUCGAGUAACUGAGUAUCAACUAUUGAAAAUUGCGCAAAAAUGCGGGAAAAUUGAUAAGUUCGACAUGUUGUUUCAUCGUUCUGGGCCAAUGGCCGGAUACCCCCGAGGCUACGCUUUCGUGACAUAUGAAAGGCAAAAAGACUCCGAAGCGGCAUUAGAAAUAUUAAACGGCAAGUUGGUCGGGGACAAACACAUGGUCGUUCGGUGGGCCAAAAAUGUGAACCGCGAUGAAAUGGAGAAAACAAAGCCAAAACUACAGAUACCUGCUCUAGCUGGGGGAUCCAAAGCCGGCCCCAGCGGUCCGGUUAGUCAGCAGACCAAAAUUCAAGCCCUGGAGGCCAAACUUAAGCUGAUGGAAAGUCGAUCGGAUGAUCUGAUAAUCAACAAAAGUAUUACCAAUGAAAAAGCGAUUAUCGAGAAGUAUCAGUUCAACAAAACUCAGCCUCACCAUCAGCAGCAUCGGAUGGAUUCUUCCAAGAUGAAACGCAACAUGAAUCGUGGGGGGAGAAAUGGUCCGUACAAGUCUAGUAGGUUUAAAUAGAGGGGCAAGGAUCCAGUUUUCGUACGCUUAGCUAGCAUAAAUGUAGGGCAUCUUUCGAUUCUAUUUCACUGCAUGUUUGUCAAUCUCAUGAAGGGGUAAUCGUACCCUUACUCAUCUCAAAUGCACCAUUUUGGUGUCAUGUGUUGAAGGAAAAACUCAUUGGAGACCUGCUAUCUCAGUCGUUCAACGCUUUGGAACAAAGAAUACGAUGAAAAUUCACAUCGAGUUUUUACGUCGUCUGUAUUGGAAAAUAUUGGCACUGAAUACAUCGCAAUCCGUUGACUGUAUACCGAGUAAUCAGCAAAGUUAUGUGAUGGUUCGACUAAUGAGAUGACCGGUCGUACAAUUACCCUAUUUUAAAAAUUUCUAUACGCAUCUAUCAGCAGUUUAUUAGUGAAUGAUUUUUUUUACAAUAUAUAUAUUUAAACUACUGACUAAUUUACUAAUUUUAAGGUUAAUAAACUAGAACAUUGUUCUAAUCCUUCAUUUGA